CCCCUCUCCCGGCCGGGAUCGCGCACAGCCCGGAGCCCCGCAGCCGGCAGAACCGCGGCGGGGAGCGCGGCCCGGGGGGGACCCCUAAGGGAGGAGAUAAGAAAAUCUGCUUCAUGAUUUCAACACAUCUAGACGUUUUCAUUAAGUCUCGACAUCUAUAUCACGUUCUCCCUCCCUCCCAGAAAGUGACAGCUGCAUCUCCGUUGCCAGCCAAGCAACGAGCAAAAAUGGACGACAUUGUGGUCGUAGCACCAGGAACACAAUCCUCACGGAAUGUCAGCAAUGAUCCAGAUGUCAUAAAACUGCAGGAAAUUCCAACUUUCCAGCCCCUUUUGAAAGGACUCCUCAGUGGGCAGACAUCCCCGACCAACGCCAAGCUGGAGAAGCUGGACCCGCAGCAGGUGCUGCAGCUGUGCCUGCGGUACCAGGAGCACCUGCACCAGUGCGCUGAGGCCGUGGCCUUCGACCAGAACGCGCUGGUGAAGCGCAUCAAGGAGAUGGACCUCUCUGUGGAAACUCUUUACAGCCUCAUGCAGGAGCGCCAGAAGAAGUACGCCAAGUAUGCAGAGCAGAUCCAGAAGGUCAACGAGAUGUCUGCCAUCCUGCGCCGGAUCCAGAUGGGCAUUGACCAGACGGUGCCGCUGAUGGAGCGGCUGAACAGCCUCCUGCCAGAGGGGGAGCGGCUGGAGCCCUUCUCCAUGAAACCCGAGCGGGAGCUGAGGUCGUAGCGCUCUGGCAGCUCCCCCUCCUCACCUUCCACGCUCCGCGUUCGGCAUGGACGUGCUUCCAGCAGGCUGCGCUGGCAGGUGUUUGGAGCGGGCAGCGCCGCUGCCGGCCUGUCUGCCAGGGCACCAGAGGGACAGUGGCGUCAGCUGCUGGAGCUGCACAGCCAGAAAUCCAGGAGCUCCCGGAGGAGAUGAUUUACCAUUCUCUCACCUCCCUCCUCUUGCCCUCCUGUCUCUUUGCCACUACACCGCUGUGCAGACACAUUUGUUUCAUUGCUGUGACAGUUGAGGUUUACAGAGGAGGAAUUUCCUUUCAUGUGAUUUUUUUUUUUUUACUAAAAAAAUUCAAAGGGAUAUCAGGUGUGACGAACCCUCUAACAUGUUUCUUGUGUGACCAGAGUUUAGACAAAUAGAUGGCUGGAAGGUAUUUCUGAGAACCCCUGGCCUUGGAAAUACAUGUGUUUUAUAGGUGAAAGUGUGGGAGCCAGGAAAUGGCUUAUUAAAAUCUGGCCAUUAUAAUAAUUAACAUGGUUUGCACGGCAGGGUUUUGGCAUGUCCUUGCGGCUCCUGUUUCUAUGGGCUCACUAAUUUAUGAGGCUGUAAAGGAGUAACUGUUCUAGAUAUGUAUGUCUGUUAAUGUAAAGCAAACUUUAGUGUUCUUCUCCCCUUACCCUGGAAAUGUCUCCAUGUCCCAGCUGGUGGCAUUUCAUGUCCCUGUGACAGGCACCGGUACCAACCUGUUCACUUUGUGUCCCAAAGUUGGACACAAGGUGUCUUUUUUAUUGGGACACUCGAGUUACCUUGGUGCUGGUUUUUUUACCAGUGGGGUGCAGCUGCUUCUUCAAGUGUGCAGGGGUGGAGGGGAGAGACACGAGAAGUCCUUUGGCUCUUUGUGUUGGUUUAGCUGCCCUUGUGCUGGGAGUUGGUGGUGGCACGCUGCUGAACGACUGAAACCACAGGGCCCUUCUUGGCCACCUGCUCCAAAGGCAACAGGAUGUUCUUGCCUCCUCCCAGACGAGCCAAGGCUGAAGACCUCAUGAGCCCCAAGGGUUGUUGUGUGUCAGUGUAGUUCCAGCAGUGAGGACAUUCGGGACAACCCAGCUUCCAGUGCAGCACAAGGUAGGGUCACUUGCCAAAGGUGACUUGCUUCUUAAUACUUAGGAGCAUUUUUAAGCAAAAGGUUGUCUCUGAGCAUUUGGAAGUAAGAGUGCUGUAGGUUUUUUAUUAUAAUAACUAUUGCCUGGUGGCAAGAAGCAACAGGCUGUUCUCUUGUUGCAUUCCCAAAGGCAAUGUAGCGUGAAUUUGUGUCAUGCAGACUGCCGCCAAGUUAGAUGUGCAUCUAAACCACAGUGGUGGAUGGAUCCCAGGCCUUCUGAACACUAUCUAGAAGUAGAGUCCUGUAGAAAUUAAGCCCCCUGGAAAGAUGCCCUGGAAGUGGGACUGACUGUUUCAGGGAGGGUAGGGAACUGAGCAGGAGGGUUUUUAGCAACGGCAGCAGGUCUUCUUGCCUGCUGCUCCCACCCCAGAGGUUUAUUCAAGCUUCCUGCCAUGUUUUAUGCUUGGAUUGUUAAAAGCUUACAUGAGACUUAACACAGGAAAAGCUGCUUGUCGUGGCUGUGCCCUUGUGGGUCCUCACUGUCCUUCAUGGAAUUUGUCUCUGCCUCCCGCCAUCAGACACACAAGAAUAUUGAGCUGCUUUAAAUAGUGGCUGCAGCCAUUUUUGUCCUCUUUGUCCAGAUGAUGCUGUCUGGAUGUUUAAAAUGUGUGACAUCCAGCUCUCUGCCAGACAGGAUCGUGAGUGUCCCACACCCUAGUGUGCUGGAAGCUUGUGCCAGUGGGAAGAUCCUAAUACUCAAGGCAGAUGCUCUCUGCUGUAAGACACUUCUCUGAGGCUUGUAGACAUUUGGCCUCAGGCCAUGAAGUAUCAGAUCAAAGCAUUGCUCCCUGCAGUGCUAAUGAGGGCAAAGGAAUAGUAUUCCCAACCGAAGGCUGCAGGAGCCAGUGCUGCAAAUCAGUUCCUUCCUCAUUUGCCAGAAAACACCAAGGCAUUGGGCUGAGAAUGGGAGAAAACCUUUGUUCCUAGGAACACUGGUCUUUAGACUUGUGGCUGUGCUGCUGGGCCUCACAGACAGAGCUUCUUGAACAGAAAGGGCAGGUUGUGGGAAGUGUAAUAACUGAACUAGAAAGAAAUUAGAUCUGAAAUGUGAAGGCAAACUUUCAAAAGAAGAAUGUGACUUCUUCAAUGCUCACGUCAUCACCUUCAUUCCACAGGUGAUAGUCUCUCAUAUGCGUACUGUAAGAAGCAUGCACCCUCUAACUGCCCUUAAACGAUGGUUUACAAUUUUAUUUAAAACAUUGUCAUUGCCUUCAGGAACUGUAAGUCUUUGGCCCUCUUGCUGAGGGGGAGACAUGUUCUGCCACAUCAUCUCGAGCUGCUGUUUGUUGCUUGGCUGCUCCUUGUUGGCUUUGCUCCUCAUGCUGCUUUCAGCUUCAGCUCAGAUGCAGGUGCUGCUCGGGGUGAGGCUGAUGCUUCCUUCCUGUGCUGUUUAGCAGGAGCUUGGAGAUGUGACUGGAAUCACCUUUCUGCUUAUGAAUUUCCUCUUCCAAGCCAAAGACUCGUGGAGGAGGCCUCAGGUAUCUUUUGCGAAUGCACCAGCUGUUACUUAGUGCUAUGAACAGGGAAUAAUCUGGUGUGCUCCCCUGAAACCAGACACUGCUGCCCCUUUCUGCUUUCUGGGCUGGUGUGUGGUCUGGGGCUAAGCUUCUUGAUACGUGAUUUUGGUAAAAGCUGAGGAGCAGGACAAGUCACUCGGGCUGUGGUUCCUCUUUGGCCUGAGCUGCUCUGGUCCUUCCCCUGACUCUGCUGAUGCAACUCCCCCAUUGUGCUGUCACUGGUGUUCCCUGUGUCUCAUGCUGGGCACUGUGCUGCCCAUGCAGAGCAGGUUUGCUUUGUUGUUUCUGUUUUUUCUGUCACUGAAUGCAUUGACAGGGUGCUAAAAUGCUAACCUACCUGCAGGGUAAUUCCUGUGAAGAUCUGCUGAAGGGGAGAGAAAAGAGGGUUUAUUCUUUUUUUUUUUUUAAUAUAUGUAUUUUAAAUUAAAUAUAUUUAAAUAUACUUAAAUAUUUAAAGUGUGUUUUCCCCUCCUCCAAGUUUUUACACAGAGAGUAGAAAUACAGGUUUUCACAGGCCCGUUGGUUGCAUGAGCCAGCCCCUCUCUCAGACUGUGUGCUAGUAGUUUCCCGAGGUACUGCUGUAAAUCCCUCCCGUUCCCAAGCUGCCAGAGGGUAUUUUGAUUGUCAGCCUUGUGGCUGAGCACUCCAUGGUUUAUGGGUGGCUACCCUGUUCAGCUUCCUACGUGCUCCAUGUUGCACAGAUCCAGCAUUAAAACCUUUGGUGUGGCUCUUUUGCAAGUGUGUUGUUUCUCCGAUUGCCAUAUUGCUCAUUCUUCAUAUUCCUACUGUGGUGUCUGGGCAGUGCAGGCAUAUCUCAGCUUUACUUUGCACCCACUCUGUGCCAUGGAGGAGGCUGAUUUCAGCUGCCCUGGGGCUGCCUCUGCCAUGGGAUUGAGAGGAAACGUCCCCAGAAUGAAAAUAAAUGCUGGUUGGUUUUUUCCCCCAGUGCUGUGCCAAUUCUGGUUGGCACUGAUGUCCUGUUUGAAUACAAGAUGUGAGCAGCGAUGCUUGGGACUUGGCAUUGUGAAAGCAGAAUGGUGAUGCACCUGUACAGGUGAUACUGAAUAAAGAAAGAGAGGCAAAUUUA